CUCGAGUGCCUGCGCUCUCCCCUGCCACUUCCACCACCAUCCUGCCUCACGCUAAAUCCGCCAUGUAACUCCCCCGCCGUCCGACCGCUAUAGUGUUCGAUUCUCCUCGGGAAUACGCUCCUCCUUUUCUCCAUCCUUGCUCCGCCUUUCGCUUCCAUUCUGUUUCGCGCCACGCCCCCUCUUCUGUUCCCCAUCGCCCGGGCCCCGUUGGGUAUUCUGCUCAGCUUCCGCUGUGGCCCCGCCCCUCCACUGUUCGCUCCCCUUUAGCCCCGCCCCUUGCAGUGGGAGUUCCGCGGCCGUUGGGGCCAGUCCUUCUCUUCCUGGCAGUGGGUUCCUUUGGCCGGAUGUCGGAGGUGGAGUUGGGCUCUCCUUGCCUCCCUCCUGUAGCACGGGGAAAAUACAUCGCCUCCACACAACGUCCAGAUGGUACCUGGAGGAAACAGAGGAGGGUGAAGGAGGGCUAUGUUCCUCAAGAAGAGGUGCCUGUGUACGAGAAUAAAUAUGUGAAAUUCUUCAAAAGCAAACCAGACCUACCUCCGGGCUUGAAUCCAGAGGUCAACACUCCAGUGGCCAGGCAAGUUGCAAAAGGACUGGAGAGUGGUGAGACAGGUCUCUCCAAGACAGCCAAGAGGAACCUAAAACGCAAAGAGAAGAGAAAGCAACAGCACGAGAAAGGGGAGCGCGAUACGGAUGACCUGAUCCAGUCAUUAGAGAAAACUACCUUGUCAGUGACACCAGGUAGCAGUAGGGAUGGUAAGCUGGCUGUUCCUGAUGGCAGCACAAGGUCCCCUGCAGGCAGUGGUGAUGCCUCAUCUGCCACAGCCACCUUGGAGAAGAACAAGAAAAUCAAAAACCUGAAAAAGAAACUGCGACAGGUGGAGGAAUUGCAGGCACGGAUUGACUCUGGGGAGAUCAAGCAACCGACCAAAGAGCAGUUGGACAAGCUGGCUCGAAGGAAAGCUUUGGAAGAAGAACUUGAGGAUCUGGAAUUGGAUUUGUGAGGGUUGGAAUUUCAACUGGACAUAGUGUGCAUAGGAACAAACCGUCCCUAGGGGAACAUUCUGAGAACUGUGCAACACACAGACCAGACAAAGCUGUCUUCAGGCUCUUCCUUUGUACCUUUUAUUUUAUUUUAUGUUGGGUGCUGUCUGAAUUCUAAAAAGUAUUUCUCUGAGCUAUUAAUGUGUUAGAUACCUGAGGACUCUAAAAUGUCGUUGCCACCUUCCUUAAGUUCCCUUAUAUUUAGUCUCUUCCUCCCUGUUGAGGUGGGUGGCAGGAAAUGCCAUAGCCCCGGGUGGCUAGCUUUCCGAGGCAGCCAAGUGGGUGGCGGGUUCCAUAUCUCCUUGCCCCUGUAUAAUACCUUCAUGUUCUCUGUAAUGGCCACUCCACCUUCCGCCUUCUCUUCCCCCUUCUCAUUUUUAAAACAGAUGCAAUAAUAAAAAUUGCAGUAGUGUC